AAGUGACGUCGCCCGCACACUCUCCGCGGGCCCUCGCUGCGCCUGGUAACGGCCGUCGCGUCUCUGCGCCGGGUCCCCGCCUCCUCGCCUCCUGCUCCUCGCUUCCCGCCUCCCCGCCACCCCGCUUUCCCACCGUCGCAGCAACCGCCGAGGGGGGUCCCCGCCUCGUCCGUAGCAGGACCUGGCGCGGGCUGAGGGGCGGCCUGGCCCCCGGCCUGCGCCUCGCGCCUUGUCCGAAGGGGCCUGGGGGCCGCGGGAAGAUGGCGACCCCGGGCGCGGGCUGGCAGCCUCACCUUGGCGCGGCCCGCUGUGCCCCGCCGCCGGGCGCCCAUAGCCUGGAGCUCGGCGCCGACAUGCACCUGCGGAUGAGCAAGAAGAUCGCGCAGCUCACCAAGGUAAUAUAUGCUUUGAACACUAAAAACGAUGAGCAUGAAUCUGCAAUUCAAGCCCUUAAAGAUGCGCACGAGGAAGAAAUCCAACAAAUUCUUGCAGAAACAAGAGAAAAAAUACUGCAGUAUAAAAGCAGAAUAACAGAGGAGCUAGACCUCAAGAGGAAGAUCCAAGUUUUAGAAGCCUCCUUGGAAGAUCACAUAAAAAUGAAGCAGCAGGCUUUGACAGAGUUUGAAGCCUAUAAGCACAGAGUCGAGGACAUGCAGCUUUGUGCAGAAGCCCAGCAUGUUCAGCGCAUCGUCACCAUGUCCGGAGAGGUUGAGGAGAUCAGAAGGAAAUUUGAAGAAAGGUUACGGAGCUUCGGACAGCUCCAGGUGCAGUUCGAGAAAGACAAGCGGUUAGCACUGGAAGACCUGCGGACUGCACACCGCCGGGAGGUGCAGGAGCUGCUGAAAUCGCAGCAGGAUCACAGUGCCUCCUUGAGCAAAGGGCAGGAGAAGGCAGAGGAGCUGCACAGGAGGGAGGUGGAGGCCUUAAACAAAAGCCUGGAGGAGCUCAGACUUGAAAAGAGAAAGCUCAUUGAGGAGUAUGAAGGCAAGUUGAAUAAAGCGCAGUGCUUUUAUGAGCGUGAGCUUGAUACUUUAAAAAGGUCACAGCUUUUUACAGCGGAAAGCCUGAAGGCUAGCAAAGAAAAGGAAGCUGAUCUACGAAAAGAAUUUCAGGGGCAGGAAGCAAUUUUACGGAAAACCAUAGGAAAAUUAAAGACAGAGUUACAGAUGGUCCACGAUGAAGCCAGCAGUCUUCUUGACAAAUGUGAGAGGCUUCAGACAGCACUCAGCAUGGCUGAGAGCAAUGCUCAGAUUCUUCAAAAACAGCUUGAUGAUGCCAAAGAGGGAGAAAUGGCCUUAUUGAGCAAGCACAAAGAAGUGGAAAGUGAGCUAGCAGCAGCCAGAGAACGUUUACAACAGCAAGCAUCAGACCUUGUCCUCAAAGCUAGUCAUAUUGGCAUGCUUCAAGCAACUCAAAUGACCCAGGAAGUUACAAUUAAAGAUUUGGAAUCAGAAAAAUCAAGGGCCCAUGAACGAUUAUCUCAGCUUGAAGAGGAAAGAGCUUUCUUGCAAAGCAGAACUCAAAGUCUGAAUGAAGAACAGAAGCAGCAGAUUCUGGAACUGGAGAAGAAAGUAAAUGAUGCAAAGAGAACUCAGCAAGAAUAUUAUGAAAUGGAGCUUAAAAACAUGCAAAACAAGUUGGAAGGGGAGGUGACUCGAUUAAAUGAAGCCCAUUCGAAGACUCUGGAAGAACUGGCCUGGAAGCACCAUGUGGCAAUUGAAGCUGUCCAUAGCAAUGCAGCUCGAGACAGGAAUACCCUGCAAGUGGAAUUGGAGGAACAGUAUAAAAAGGAGAAACUGGCUCUGGAAGAGGAUAAGAAUCGGCUUCAGCGGGAGCUGGAAGACCUAAAGGAAGAGCUGGCAGCCAAGCUGAGCACGGCUGCUCAAGAGCUCUUUAAAGGCUUUCGGAGACAGAUUUUAUUUGGAAACACAGAAAUCACAGCCUAUCCUACAAGUUACAUUUACAGCUUGUCCGUCGCCCGCCUCCAGGACCUGGUUCGAAAGCGGGAGCAGGGUCUGGGCUCGGCUGAGGGCCUCAUCUCCAGUCUCCAGGGCUCCCAGGACAGGCUGCAGAGUGAGCUGGACACCACCAAAAGCAGGCUCAGGGAGACCAGGGAGGCGCUGCUGAGUGUGGAGGUGACUGCUGCUUGUGCUGCUGAGCUGGAACGUGAGAGGCACCAGCAUGAACAAACACUGGCUGCCAUGAAGGAAGAGGAGAAGCUCAGAGUGGACAGGAUGGCCCAUGACUUAGAGAUGAAGUGGACUGAGAAUCUUAGACAAGAGUGCUCUAAACUCCGCGAAGAGUUACGGCUCCAGCACGAAGAAGACAAGAAGUCAGCAAUGUGUCAGCUGCUGCAGUUAAAAGAGCGAGAGAAAAGUGCUGCCAGGGAUUCGUGGCAGAAAAAAGUGGAAGACCUCCUAAACCAGAUUUCCCUGCUGAAGCAAAAUCUGGAGAUACAGCUCUCUCAGUCUCAGACUUCUUUGCAGCAACUGCAAGCCCAGUUUACCCAGGAACGCCAGCGACUUACCCAGGAGCUUGAGGAAUUAGAGGAACAGCACCAGCAAAGACAUAAAUCCUUGAAAGAAGCACACGUCCUUGCAUUCCAGAGCAUGGAAGAGGAGAAGGAAAAGGAACAAAGGGCCCUUGAAACCCACUUACAGCAGAAGCACUCUGCAGAGCUGCAGGCCCUGAAGGAUGCGCACCGGGAGUCCAUGGAGGGCUUCCGGGCAGAGAUGGAACAGGAGCUCCAGACUCUGCGCUUUGAGCUGGAAGACGAAGGGAAGGCCAUGCUUGCAUCCUUACGCUCAGAACUCAACCAGCAGCAUGCAACUGCUGUUGACUUGCUGCGGCAUAACCACCACCAGGAGCUGGCGGCCGCCAAGCUGGAGUUAGAGCGGAGCGCAGACCUCAGCAGAAGACAGAGUAAGGAGCAUGUGUGCAGGAUAACAGAUCUGCAAGAGGAGUUACGUCUCAGAGAGCACCACAUCUCUGACCUAGACAAGGAGAUGCAGCACCUUCGUGAGAACAUCCGCGCCCUCUCCACAGAGCUGGAGUUCAAGGGAAAGGAGAUCCUGAGGAUACGAAGUGAAUCCAGCCAGCAGAUGAGGUUGCAUGAACAAGAUUUAAACAAGAGGCUUGAAAAAGAGUUGGAUGUCAUGACAGCAGACCACCUCAGAGAGAAAAAUAUCAUGUGGGCAGAUUUUAAUAAGACUAAUGAGCUCCUCAAGGAAAUAAAUGCAACUUUACAAGUGUCACUAGAAGAAAUGGAAGAAAAAUAUCUAAACAGAGAAUCAAAACCGGAAGAUAUACAGAUGAUUGCAGAAUUAAAAGCCAUGCUUACUGAAAGAGACCAGGUCAUAAAGAAACUAAUUGAGGAUAAUAAAUUUUAUCAACUGGAAUUAGUCAAUCGAGAAACUAACUUCAACAAAGUGUUUAACUCAAGUCCUACUGUUGGUGUUAUUAAUCCACUGACCAAGCAAAAGAAGAAGAAUGAUAAAUCACCAACAAACAGGUUUGUGAGUGUUCCCAAUCUAAGUGCUCUGGAAUCUGGUGGAGUGGGCAAUGGACAUCCUAACCGCCUGGACCCCAUUCCUAAUUCUCCAGUCCAUGAUGUUGUAUUCAACAGCAGCAAACCACUUCCACAGCCAGUGCCACCCAAAGAGUCCAGGACAGUUUUGAGGUUUCAGUAAGGUGCAUGUGCAUGAGCCAGGAGCAGGACGUCGCGUUUCCUUUCCUUGUUGGUGCCCCGUAAUUGCCCAGAGACGGUAGGGAUUCUUUUGUUUCUCAAGUAGCCCAGACACCCUAGUUAGAGUAAGAUAAAGCAUAAACCAAGUUUGAAGUCAGAAGGGGAGCGGGUUGGGGUGCACUCCUUUUCUCGGAGUGUCUGCUUCUAGAAUUAACAUGCAUAUGCAGGUAGUAAAGAAUACUAAACUCGACUUACUCUAGUUUUAGUUUGUAAGAACCAAGUGCUUGUCUCAGAGUCUAAAACUCAAAGGGGACAAGUGCCAAGAGGGCAUUUCUGUCCUCUCUGGUUUCCCACAAUCCCCUCAGCACUGUAGCAUGGGGAUGGUGGUGGGGGCCCCCCAGCCGCAGCGCUGUGUGCUGUGCUCCCUGGCCGGCUGGUAGUGUGGGGCUCUGCUCUCUGGAAUGGAACCCCCCCACCUCCGCUGGCCAGGGGGGGAGCCCGGGGGGGGGGGCGGGGGGAGCCUGGGUCUGCAGCAAUGUCUGCUGUGCUCCGCCCUUUCCUUCACAAACCACCUCAGGUGGGGUUACUGUCUCUCUGUGAAUCCAGUCCUCCGCAGGGCGAAGCUUCUCCGGUGGCUUCUCCAGACCCCCAGCGCCAGGAGUGGUUCGCCCGCUACUUCACCUUCUAAGCCACGCACAGAGCAGGCGUGGCGGUCCUGGGCAGGCCCUGACGGAGCAGCCAGCUGUCUCUCUGACCUGAAAUGCACUGUAUUUCCUGUGGUAUUUAGGAAUCUCUCUCUUAAGGUACUACAUUAUGAGUGUAAUUAUAAGUUAUUUUUACUUGAGAUGGAAGAGCCCUUAACCUUUGUAAUUACUGCAUAAUAAAUUUUGUUAAAAUACUUUUCACUUUUA